AUGUCACGACUACCCGACGGCCUCAUUGCUUUCGGUCCACAGGCUAACUGUACCCUCGAACUCUGCCCGAUAGAAUGGAGUAUCCUCCAAUACCGACCCUCGGUACCCGCGAGCGCUGUUUUUAUCGCCUUCUUUUCAGUCGCCUUGAUAAUACAUGCUGUGCAGGGCAUCCGGUCGAGAACAUGGGGUUUUAUGGGUAGCAUGAUAAGCGGCUGCGUUCUGGAAAUUGUUGGCUAUGUCGGACGGCUUUUGAUAUACGACAACCCAUUUGACUUUCAGGGCUUUUUGAUGCAAAUCAUUUGUAUUACCGUCGCGCCGGUAUUCUUUUCCGCAGCAAUCUACGUCCUGUUAUCACAAACUUCCCGGCACAGAAUUAACCAUCUAGACCCCUCGCUAUCCCGUGUCAAGCCGAAACUCUUCUACUGGAUCUUUAUUCCUGCCGAUAUCGUCUCCCUCAUUUUGCAGGCCGUUGGCGGAGCCAUGUCAUCAGUUAGCACCACAAAGGAGGCUGUUGACCGCGGCGUGAACAUUUCCUUGGCCGGCUUGGUCUUUCAGGUCUUCUCACUGCUGGUGUUCUCGGCACUGUUCGCAGACUACAUGAUAAGAUAUAGCCGCUCCAUGGGCCGGACGAAGAUGAGUGGCAAGCUCAAGCUUUUUCUCCUCUUUUUGGGGCUCAGCACUUUCUUCAUCCUCCUCCGAUGCGUCUACCGCAUCGUGGAAUUGCAUGAAGGUUAUUUCAGCCACUGGUUCCGGGACCAACCGCUUUUCAUUGCUUUGGAAUCAUCCGUCAUGGUUAUCGCCGUAUUUUGUCUCAACGUGGGACAUCCAGGAUUGAUUUUUGGCCGCGAGAAGUUGGGCUCGAAUGACUCCUCCAGCUAUGCUCUUGAUGAUGCUAGUAAGAGAGACACGGAUAACAGUGAAAGCGUGUCUGAACCCAAGCCUUCGGAACCUUCAAGUAGUAGGUCUGGAGAACCAAGAUAUUAA